UUUGUCGCGGGCUCAGUCGGCCCGCGGCGCUCACUGUGAUCGGAAACUCCCAGAGGUGCAGCUUCGGUGGCCGGCUAUGGACCUGUGCGCACUCUGCUCCAUUCUGCUAUGGGGUUUCGUCGCUGCGCUGAGUACCGCGCUUCCUCUGGCACUACUGGACAUACAGCGACGAGGAUAUUCCAAGGCACUGACCUGGACACAGCUACUUAAAUUGUACGUUUUACUCAAGCUUGGCGAUAUCAAAACGUACCGGCUGCAUCGCAAGUUUGAAAGAGAUGUUCGUCAAUUUGAAAAGGCGCAGUCCGAGUUCCUUCUGGAGAGGAUACGGCGCUGCAAAAACACAGCCUUCGGACGAGAUUAUCAUCUCCCCUCCUACAAAACCGUCGACGAAUUUCGACGCAACUUCCCUGUGUGUGACUUCUCAAAAGUUGAAGAGUACAUAAACCGCAUGGCGAAUGGAGAAAAGAACGCAUUUCUCGGCGAUGAGGACGAGCUAGUUUUGUUCUCGGCGUCCUCCGGAACGACGGGCAAGAACAAAUUGAUACCGGUAACAGUUGAGGGGGCGAAGAGUCUUCAGGAUCAGGUCCUGUUCGGCGCCUAUCAGUGGGCCCUUCGUGAGCGGUUCCCGUGGGACCUGACGAGGAUGUUGACCGUAAAAAACAGUCCCCUCGUUCACAAGCCAACUAAGGCCGGUCACAAGGUGGGUGUCGUCUCCAGUGUUAUCUACUCCAAGCUAAAUGAGAUGACCACGCUGCUGACAACAACGCCGCCACUUAGUCUGCCAAUGAAGAACGAGUCUGUGUGUAACUACAUCCACGCUUUGUUCGGCCUUCGGGACAAGCACAUCUCUAUGAUCCGGAACGGAUACAUCUUCCAGUUUCUGACUCUGAUUCGUGGCAUUAAGAUGAACCAGAAGAGCCUCGUUGAAGAUAUACGCAGAGGACAGAUCAAAGAGGAUCUAGACAUCGAUGAAAAACUUCGCUCCGAAAUCAACGCCCACCUUUCUCCGAUGCCCGAAAGAGCAGCAGAGCUUGAGAAGGAAUUCGCCAAAGGUUUCGACGGCCUGAUUCAGAGAGUCUGGCCGAAAGUGACCCGUAUCAGCGGCAUCUGGUCGGGAAACACGAACGCCAUGUACUACAAAGAGGCCCGAGCCGUGCUGGGUCCCAACAUUCCCGUCUUCAGCUUCUCGCUGAUGGCCUCCGAGGGUUUUCUGGGCGCCAAUCUCGAGCUGACCCGACCCGGACCACCGCGUUACACGCUCAUCCCUGACGCGGUGUACUACGAGUUUCUGCCGAUCGUGGGAGACCACAUCCCCGAGCUGGCAGACAUCCGGCCGCAGGACCUGCUGCUCGGCCACCAGCUGGAGGUCGGAAAGGAGUACGAGAUGUUCAUCACGAACCCGUCUGGGCUGUUCCGCUACCGUCUAGGCGACGUCGUCAGGGUGGCGGGGUUCUACCAGCAGGCGCCGCAAGUGGAGUUCCUCUACAGGUCAGGUCAACUUCUGAACGUCUGUGGCGAGAAAAUGAUCGAGGAUGUGUUCUUUCGCGCGCUGGAGGACGCGGCUAAGCGCUGGCCGUCCACCCUGAAGGACUACACGGUGGCUAGCAGUCAGUUGGGACCGGCUGACCAGCACGAGCUCAGUCGCCGGUACCUGCUGUUCCUCGAGCUGGAGGGGGAACCACUGACAGCGGAGCAGGUGGUGCUGGUGGACCGGACACUUCAGGAGCAGUGCGAGGAGUACCGCGUGUUCCGGAGCACAGGCCGGCUGGGCGAGAUGGCCGUGUACCAGAUGCCGGCCGGCACGUUCGCCCGCUUCCAGGACCACCUGGUGAAGACCACGGCCGUCUCGGCGGCCCAGUUCAAGAUGCCGCGUGUGCUGAAGAGCGCCGACCGCGUGCAGUGGUUCAUGGAGAAUGUCAGGGCGUAGACGAGGCUAUGGUUUUGUGCCAUGUGGCUGUGAUCCGUGUAUAAUGUUAAUUACAGUGCUAUCGAUAGGUAUUGCGUAAGUUACGUCAAUGGGAACCAAAGUUGCAACUUAUAUGUAUAUGUUACAGGGAGUAUGCGAUUUCAGUUAGUUUGCAACGACCCUAGGGUGGUUGUAACCUCCCUGAACGAUCAGUUUGUUUGCAACGACCCUAGGGACGUUACAAAAUAACUGCUCGUUCCGGGACGUUGUAACGAAACUAGGGUCGUUGCAACCUCCCUAGUUAGUAUGCAACGAACCUAGGGUUGUUACAAAAUAACCAGGGAGUUUAAGAAAUCAUCGAGUCUCGUUUCACAGGGGGCACAUGGGGGGGGGGUUGCCACUCCCCAAGGUAGUCUUUCUGCUCUGCACUCAACAUUUUUAGAGCUAGAAGCCUGAUGUUUGGUAUAGCUGCUCCUCUAUCCUUUCUAGAUGUUCACGAAUAAAUUCAAGUUUUUGUG